UGCGGGGGUGCUGCAUGAGUGUGAGGACUGUCCCCGAAGGAGUCAGACGGAGCCCAGCAGGGAGCCCAGCAAGAGAUGAUGAAAACAUUGGGACAACAAAAACUCCAGGUGAAGAUUACUGAGGAAGCUGCCGUUUCACAGACCACUCCUGUACAAAGAUAUUUCUUCAGAGUUAGUAGUCAGUAAGUAAACUCUUGCCCAUACAUUGAAUCUACAUAUGAGAACUGCAUGCGAUGGCAUUGGGGUAAUCAAGAAGCUGAAAGGAAAGCGAACAUUCUUUUUGAAAAGAGUCCCGUUUCAGGUCUGCUGCACAAUGACCCCUCCUUCGACCCCUGAGCUAUCUGCUCACUGAUAAGUCUGACAGCUGAGUAUUUCUGUAAUGCUGCAGAGAUGCUGCAGGAAAAGGCUUCAGCUGUGACGGAUGAUCGUGUGAGCCGGGUCCAGGCCGGUGGGGAGACGAAUCUUUUUCCAGACCAGUCACAACUUGGCCCGUCCACAGCUCCCAGCGCUCCCACCUCUGCUGGGCCUGACCAGAACAUUGCGAACAUCAAGGUGGUGCUUCAUGAGAAGGAACUGUGGAAGAAGUUCCAUGAGGCUGGAACUGAGAUGAUCAUUACAAAAGCUGGAAGGAGGAUGUUUCCCAGCUACAAGGUUAAAGUGAGUGGCAUGAACCCCAAGACCAAAUACAUCCUCCUCAUUGACAUCGUCCCAGCUGAUGACCACCGCUACAAAUUCUGUGACAACAAAUGGAUGGUGGCUGGAAAGGCUGAACCCGCAAUGCCUGGCAGACUCUAUGUGCAUCCGGACUCCCCUGCAACAGGAGCUCAUUGGAUGCGGCAACUGGUGUCAUUUCAGAAGCUAAAACUAACAAAUAAUCACCUGGACCCAUUUGGACAUAUCAUCCUUAACUCCAUGCAUAAAUACCAGCCCAGGGUUCACAUUGUCAAAGCUGAUGAAAACAAUGCCUUUGGAUCGAAGAACACUGCCUACUGUACUCAUGUCUUCCACGAGACGGCCUUCAUCUCAGUAACAUCCUAUCAGAAUCAUAAGAUCACCCAGCUGAAGAUAGAAAACAACCCAUUUGCUAAAGGUUUCCGAGGCAGCGAAGAAGGAGAUCUGCGCACUUCAAGACUAGAGGGGAAAGAUUAUUCAGUCAUUUCAAAGACCAUGGUUCGUCAGAGGAUCAUCUCCUCACACAGUCACCUUGCAGGGAAGCUCCGGGCUGGAGUUUUAACAGGCCAUGCUCAAGUCCUGUCUUCUUAUCCAUAUGACACAGGAGUUCCUUUGUCUGACUUAGAAUCCCAGGAUUCUCUCUCCAACCAUUUCCCUCAGAGCAGAGAUCCUAGUAUAGUUUAUCACUGCUUCAAACACAGAGAUAACAGCCGACACUUGGAGCUUGGAUGCAAGCAAUCAUAUCUGGAGUCAUCAUCGGUGAUGUCAGAGGAGCAUUUCUUCCGUUCAGCUCCCUCUUACGAAUCACCUUUACUCUCUCGCCCAUACUGUGCUGAAGGGAUCACUUCCAGAGAAGCUUGUAUGUACGGCGGGAGGGAGGCCCAGUCCGGAUCAGGGGCAGCAGACAAAGAUGACCGAACCAGCUCUCCUUCAGUUAACUGCAACAUGUGGGCCACAAUGCAGCCAUAUUCCCGUUACAGCAUGGAUGGCGUCCCAUACCAGCCAUUCACUCAUUUCCCAAACUCCACAUCCGUCCAUCCUGUGCUACCACAGCCUGCCUCUUCAAUGUUAUCCCGACCACAGGCUGACCUGGGGGUCUACAACUCAACUAUGGUCCAGAGGAGUCUGCCUGUCAUACCACAGUCAUCCUCCUCUUCAUCAGGCUCUCCAGUUCUCAAUGGUUCCAGAGAUACAAUAAGUCAUUCACCUCUGUACCACAAAAAGCCAGGCUCCCCGCUCCAGCCUCUAAAAGAGUAUUCAGCCUGUUCUACACAAGGAAUGAUACCCAUCCGAGAUUCAUCCUAUCAGUACCAAGUGGGGCUGAGUAGUGCAGGAAGUCACUGGACAGACAGCUAAUGUGUAAAUAAUUCAACUUUGUCCAACCUACAAGUCUGACGUCAAAAGAGGUUUCUAAAACCCCAGUGAGGCUGUGGAUCCAGAAUAAUAACCAGCAGUCAUGGUCUCUGUUAAACUGCUCUACACAUCUGUGAACUCUUACUGAAUUGUUGAUCCAUACAGCUUGUAUGUCCCGGACAGCCAGGGCCUACAUCUCCAUGUAUGCUGGUACAAAUCAGAUGUGCCAAAGGCUGGGAUUCGAAUGCAAAUUGUGAGAGUGAGUGACACAAAGCUUACAGACAGACAGUGUGUUGUCACACCUACCCAGGUAGCGUCAAUAAGCAGGAAGAUGAAGAAAGAAUAAAAAGGGAUAAUUAUAAAUAACUACUAUCAAUUACUAUCAAUACUUUAUUUGUUGCAUUUUAAUGCCACAAUAUCCCUCUCAUAGAAUGCUAUGUUACAUGCUGCUGUUGUAAUUUUAUACCAUUUCCCAGACUGGAGGGAAUUUAUUAUUCAGAAACUCCUUAACUCUGUCCAAUGUUUGAUGCACUGACAAGACUAGUGCAAUGACACGUGGAUACUGUUAGUGACACUAUAAUAGGUGACUCACUAAAGUAAAGGAUUCCCAGGUAUUCCCAGUGUGAUUAUAUAUUUGCAGUACUGACAAAGAAAAAUAAAAAAAUGCAUGAAUGAAA